AACUCAUAUUAAUUCAACUUAAUCAAGCAUUAUAAACACUGAUAUCAACCAAUCAUGUCAUCUGCUCCAACUUCUACUGCUGGCUCUUGUCCAAUCAGCAAUGCUUGUCCAUGUGAUUUACUUACUUGGAAGAAUCCAAUCAAAACCGGUAAGGUAUUGGCAUCCAUUGUCGUUGCUUUAGUUGUGUUCAAAACCGUCAAUUUAAUCAACUUGUUUUUCCAUUUAUCUUAUAUCGGAUUAUUGGUAUCUGCUGCUGUUGAAUACGUCAGUAAGGUAGUCACUGGUAAGGGGCUCAUCACUGCUUACAAGCCAAGUGCCACUCAAUCUUGCGCCAAAAAAUUCAACGAACAAGUGUUGCCACAUUUAUCUACUGUCACUGUCAAUUUGGAAGAAAGAUUCCGUAAAAUUGUUUACGCUCAAGAUAUCGAAUCUACUUUAAAGGCUGCCGGUGUUUCAUACAUUGCUUUCAAGUUAACUUCUUGGAUCCCACUUUUCAACUUGGUCGUCGCUGCUGUUAUUUUGUUAUUUACUGCUCCAUUCAUCUACACUACUUACAAGAAGGAAAUCGACGCAGCCAUUGCUGAUCUUACCAAGAUUAUCAAGGAAAAAUCUACCGAAGUUUGCAAUGAAAUCCACAAGACUGUUGGUCCUCACCUUGAAACUUUAAUCAAGAAGUCCGGUCCACUUGGUGACUUUGUUAAAUCCAAAUUACACACCAGAACCGCCGGAUCUACUGUCAAGGACACCAACGAUAGUGUUUUCGGAACUCCUUCUUCUUCUGUUUCUGAAGCCGAACCAAUUGGUGUUUCCACUGGUGCAUCCAAGUUCCCAGAUGUCCCAGCUACCAAGUUGAACCAAUCUACUGUUGAUGAAAUCAUUGAACAAGCAGAUGCUGCCGUCGAUGACGCUAAGAAGACUGCUGAAUCCUUUUAAGUUUUGUUUUGGUGAGUGCGAAUGAAGACUUCUAAGUAAAGAAAGAUUUUGGGGUUUAGUCUUUCAUUGAUGCCUGGCUUUACUUGGGAUUGUGUUUCAUAAGGGUUUUUUUUUUGUCUUUAAUCUCUAAGUAUAUUUAUAGUUUGUACUAGCCGUAUAUAUAUUUAUUGUCAUUAUAUCUUAUAUACUUCGUCUAUGCUUGCAGUUACAUGUUUGGAUUGUAGACUCAUAGCAUACCUCCCAUAAAGGUUCCUAGACUUACACCGAUAUAGUGCUAUUUCUAUGAGUGUUGAUGCUGGCUUGUCUAUACACAUUCUUCAGGAUUAGGUAAACGUCUGUAGCAAGCUACCCACUUGGAGCCUUUAUUACGAGUAACCUUUUGACCUUCCUCCGUCGAAUUAUACAUGAUUUCAACACACUUGUCUUGGUCUUCCCAUUCCUUACUUAAUCUUUCAAAUAAAGGAUGUUCAUCUAAAUGUUGAACCAUCCAAUUAUGCAAAUCUUCAACAUCGGUGAUUGUAUAUAUCACACCACCUUCUUUAAGAACGUAUGCAUAUUCAGACAAGAGGGUAUUGGUAAUGAUUCUCGCCUUAUGUUUUCUUUGUUUGAAAUGAGGAUCUGGGAAACAAAAGAACAUCUUGGAUAAUUGUGACUUAUAAAAGAAGUUAGGCAAGAACUUCAUGGCAUUUCCUCUAAUCACGGAAAUAUUAUCAUAUUUGUAGUCAUCUUGCGCAUGUUUGUUUCGAAGAGCAAUGAUUCUGUCUUCGACAUAUUGUGUAACUUGAACUCUGAUUUCCAUACCUAAAACCAAGGAUUCUGGGAACAGUGGUCCUAAUUGAGUCAAUAACCCACCAUAUCCGCAUCCAAUAUCGGCGAUUUCAACUUUGGAUGUCAUUUUACCUAAUUCUGAAUCGUAGAAGUUUGGGUACAUUUUCGACCAGUCCAUGGUAUCAGGGGAGUUUGGAUAGUCUAAUCGAUGAUCGGAGAAUGGAUUAGAAUGGGCUCGCUGACGGUAGAAUCUCUUUCUUGGCAAGUCAACAGGACUAACGUCGGUAGGUUCUUCAAAUCGGGCGUGUUUGACUUUCUUUCUUGCAUUUUGCUUGUUUUCUCUGUAGGCUCUUCUUUUGAUUUCUGCUUCUUGCUGUUCACGUAGUUGAGUUUCCUUGUCCUUAGUACAAGGUGGUUGUGGAGGUUUUGGCAUGGCUAAGAUGUAGUAUCUGGUUGUUGC